UGACAUUAAACGUCAAUUAAUAUAAAUUUUUGCCCAAAAUUAACGCAGUAAAUACAUUUCAAAUUCUAAUUAUAGAAAUUUUUGUGAUGGACGUUUUUCGACCUAAGAAUUUAAAUGCUCAAGGUGACAAUAAUUUAAGACAUGCACCAUCGUACGAUUCACUAGAAUUAUCAUGGGAAACUUUAAGAAGUCAAAGACCCGUCAUAGUUGACCAAAAUCAAACAGGACGACAAGUUACUCCAGAAUCUUUCUUUCUAUGUUUCAUUGCAUUUUUAGAGCUCGCCACUGGAUUUGGUGUGCUGAGUGUAAGCAUCCUGUCAAUAGUGAGAAGAUAUCCCUAUUCAUUCCUGAUAGAAAUUGCGAUGGACAUAACAUAUUUUAGCAUCCCUGGUGCGCUAUUAUGCUUCAUCUGUUUUUGGAUUGCCAUAUCCACAAUGAACGAAAAAAAUCCUCCGUUUUUAGGACUCUUAAUCGUAUUUAUGAUUUUCUCAUCGAUAUUGCUGCUAACUGGAUCUUACAUGGGUUUUGUGUACAAAUCGAAAAUGAAAUAUGCAAACGAAUCAAAAAACGAACUAAUAACAACAAUACUGAAAUCGGAAUUCGUAGCUUCUAUGGGUGAAUCUAUAAUAAAGUACGACACUAGCGAUCCUCAUAAAUCUGCCUGGGACAUCACACAGAGACGAUUGGAAUGUUGUGGCAUUUUAAACGCGUCAGAUUGGACAACUGUAAGGGGAGAAAUUCCUGAAUCUUGUUGCAAAAAGGGUAAAUGUACACUGCAAAAUGCGUAUCAAGUUAACUGUACAGUUAGUGUGGCUUAUGAUAUUUAUUGGUACAAUGUUUUUAUUUCUUACUUGCAUAUUAUUGUAGUUGGCAUACAUGUAUUGUCUAUAUGCAUUACACUAUAUAUAUGUUAUAUAUGGAGAAACCUUUAAAAGAACAACGAAAGUAUUCAAAAUAUAGUAAUUUCCAA